ACACAAUCUUCCGAGAAUUAAGCAGUAAAUUCAAAAAAAAAAUGGACACAGCCAGAACAACAACUACCGCGACAGCCACGACAACACCGCUAUUCUCAUCGCCUGCAUCGCCCACAACUUCCCGCCUCAAGCGCCGUUCUACGGUUCAUACCGCUGCCGGUGCUAAUAACGUGCACGUUUCGCCCUAUCCAACGUCCCCACACACCCCCGAGCCCCCGUGUAAGCCCACGUCUUCCUUGGCGCGUAAACGAAGAAGCUCGAUUAUGUCUAGGACGAGUAUGUCACUAGGGGGAAGCGGUGGGAGCGGAUGGAUGGAGGCGGGGGGUUACGACAACAGGGGGAGUGCAGGGGAUGUGGAUACGGCAAGGGAGGGGGUUGAGGAAGGGUUUUCGAGGAUUUCUCAGGCUAUGGUUCGUUUUCUUCCCUUCCAUCCUCUCCCGCGGGUUAUGGACUUGGAGAGAGGGGAUGAUAGUUGGGGGGGGGGGCUUUGUUGUUGAUGAGCUGAGGUGGUUUGUUAUUUGUUGGUUGGUUGGUUUGAUGGUAAACUGACGAGCUUCACAACAGAAUCUCCUCUCACUCCAAUCCACCGCAACACCAGCUCCUCGGACGCCUUCAACCUAUGAUGCACCAGUGCAUUGGCCCUCACCCGAGGAAUUACUUAAAGAGUCCCUACGCCAAUCGUUGUCCGCUCUUCAUGCUCUCUCGCAGAUAAAAUAUCUCGUUGAAAAGUCUCCCUCACCGACUGAUGAGCAGAACGGCGAAACUAGUAGUGGCGGGGUUAGUGAGGUAAUGGGAGUUUACGAUAGAGCAAUGCAUGAAAUGCGUGCAGCUGCUGAGAUACUUGUUCGUUUAGGUUGGAAUACCGCUUCUUCCAGAGUAGCUUGCUAAUCAGAUCUCAGACAUGGGCGGAACGGCAUCUUGAGGAAGAAAAGGAGAUUGUAAAAGAGCGGUUAUUGAAAGGGUAGUUUUCGCGGUUCUCUUUCUGUCCGCACGACGGAUGUGUAUGUGAAGUGGGGUAAUGAGCAGAUGUGAUUCAUAAGGUAUGGAUUAUCAUGGGCAAUCUUGGAGCUUCUGUCAAAAUUAGAGACUUACAUUUCAGCGUGUACUUUUACGAUAUCGUUUUUUUGGCCAGCGUACGACAUGAGGGCAAUUGGGUGUUCGGAGUUUAUCAUUAUAACGAUUUACGACCGAUGCUACGGCAAUACCUAUUUCGUUCUCUUGCUUUUAUUCCGAUUUUGCUUUUCCCGGUUUGUGAAAUAGCUCUCCUUUUUUAGUUUAGCAUUCCCUGAGGGAGCAUUAUUGGUGGGCAUGAUAUCCAGCAAAUGGCAUCAUGCCGGGGAUGCGAAUCACAGUAAUAUUCACCACUCGUCCCCUUCCCGUAAUCAUCUCUCCGGCCGGAUGAGCCCGCAGAACCCUAGUGCCAACCCCACCCCGAACCCCGACUUACUAGUACUCGCAGCACUAUAGCCUAGGAAGAAACCUAUGUCUUCGCGCAGUUAGUUCAGCCCGACUAGUAAUUCGGGCAUGAUACCGCGCCCGAAUGUUGAGGAAAGAGAUAUGAGAUGACAAACGCGACACGACCAACACGGCUAGCUGCUAAAUGGUUAUCGAUAGAAGAUCACCCCGCAACCAGCUACGUGCGCCAAGAUCCGUUAUGUGGCCGGAAACGUAGGGUACUGUACUCACAGUGGUUCCAGUCUUUCGGCAAUCUCCACUAAUCCUCGCGAAUCUAAGCCCAACUCCGGCCCACCCGAGGACCGUACCGGUAAUAGUAAACCCCACCAGCCUGCGCAGUCCCAGUAAAAAAAAUCGUGAGCACGCAACGCUCUGAAGAACUUCUCAAGGCAUGGUAGGUUCUUCUUAUUGUAUUGGCCCUAUCUGUAAGUAGGGAGGAUCUAGAGGUGGUGUUUCCCACUUUCGGUUUCCGUGAUGUCGUUCCCGCCAUCGAUACGAUACGAUACGGUUCCUUGCGGAGGUGAGAUCCUAGGCAGCAUACUGUACUAGGCGCGACUCGGUA